AUGACAACUCGUGUAUUACUUAUUGAUAAUUAUGAUUCCUUCACGUACAAUAUCUUUCAGUACAUGGCUCAACUUGGUGCUCAUGUGGAUGUGAAGCGUAAUGAUGAAAUUACACUGGCUGAAAUUCAUGAUUUAAAACCUGAUCGGAUUAUGAUUUCACCUGGUCCAGGAUAUCCAAAAGAUGCGGGGAUUUCGUGUGAUGUGAUUCGUACAUUUGCUGGGAAACUACCAAUUGCUGGAAUAUGUUUAGGCCAUCAAUGUAUGUUUGAAGUAUUUGGUGGUAAAGUUGAUCAUGCUGGUGAAAUUAUACAUGGGAAAGCAUCGAUUAUGGUCCAUGAUGGAAAAGGUUUAUUUCAAGGAAUUACACCUGAAUUUCAAGCUAUUCGAUAUCAUUCACUUGUGGGCUUACCCGAGACAUUACCGGAUACACUUGAGGUUACAGCUACUGUGAAAGGAAGUAAUAUGAUUAUGGGUGUCCGGCACAAGGAAUACAAGGUUGAAGGCUGGCAAUUUCAUCCAGAGAGUAUUCUUACGGAAGAUGGUUUGAAACUCAUUCAAAACUUUCUAGACAUGUGA